ACGAUAUGUCAAAAUUUACAAUGCAUGUUAUUUAAUUUUAAGUUGUUCACGCUUGCUCGCGGUUUGUUGUUAAAAUAAUAUUUAUUUUCAUAUUUCAUCAAUAAACAUGUAUGAAUUGCUGAUUAUAAGUGGAUGCAGUGCGCUAUAUAUAAUUAUGCCAAUUAUUAUAGAUAAGAUCAUAUCUCUUACAAGUAAGAUGUCACAGGAAAAUAUGAAUACAUCCAAAGAAUUAGUGCAGCUUAAAAAAGAACUUGACAAAAUAUCUAUUACAGAUAAUUUUGCAAUGCACGCUAGAACACAGAGAAAAAUACAUAAAUUAGAAACGCAAUUGCAAAAAGAAGUCAAUUCUAAUACAUCUCAAUUUUUGAGUAUAAAAUAUAGUGCACGUGUUAUAUCAAAAGUGAUAAUAGGAUUAUUAAUGUUAUGUGUUACAUUAUAUUAUAGAUACACUCCUGUAAUUACCUUUCCAGAAAGAUUUUGCUUUUCACCAUUAGAAAAAAUAUUAAGUUUUCCUAUUGGUGAAGCAGGCAUUAUAUCUACUCCAAUGUGGAUUUUAAUUUCAAACACAAUAAUCAAAAAUAUCAGCAGAUUGUUACCUGGUUGA